UGACAUUGAUUCUCUACAAAGUUCAACAAACAAGUUCAUAUUAAGUGAUUUUUGACAUUUGCCAUUUUAGAGUCAAAACUCGUGUUUAAAAUUCAAUUUUGACAAUGAAAAGAAAUUCUGUUUGUUUGCUCAUGAAAAUCUAAGAAUGUCUACACAUAAAAUUCACUUGUGGAAUGACUUCUCGUUAUUUUGAUUGAUUUUUUUCAGAUUAAAUAAAAGAACUACUGGUCUAGUUGUGGUCUUGACUCGGUCUCACCCUAAACUUCUUGACCACAAAAAUAAUGCACAGUAUUGACUUACGAAAGGCUACUUAUUUUAAGGGUACAUUUUUUUCUUUUCAUAACUUAACCACCGGUCAUCCCAAACACAUACUGAGGGACAUUUUCAUUUUUGGAUGAUCUAAUGUUUUGUCAUCUAAUACUUUUGUUCAAGGACCCAUUGGUCACAAAUUUUGGAUAACCCGGUCAGGUCCAACCCCAAUGUACUCUGUAGCCAUGCUAUAUAUACACAAUAUAAAUGGGAUGCUAAAUAGGCUAUUAUCAAUAGCAUGCCCUAUUUAUAAACUUUACCGUAGUGUUAAAUACACGACAGGCAACAUUUGAGGCCAGCGUGGGACAGUGUUUUGAGGUUGAGUAUGAGGGGUGCGGGACGAGCUCAACAGCGCCCCCCUGCAGCUUGAAAACUUUGCCGUCUCGAAGUGAUUUCCUCCUCUGUUUUUACUUCCUGUUUUCUAAGGGAGUCAUUUAACUCCGGUGGUUUUUGCUCAUCGGGACUUCGCUAUGCGUUUCUUCUUCUCCCGACAGUUUUGAGUCAUCUCCCCGCCGGCUUCCCGAGCGGACCGCGAGCCGUAUCGUCACCGGACAUUGUUACAUUUAUAUAUGCCGCCGUAGAUGGAGGUCGGAGGACUGGAGUCGGUCGUGUCCACGUCUCUGAUGGAUUUUACGUAGACUUUUGUUUUUCUUGCUUCUUAUGUCUGUUUUAACCGCCUCGCGAUCGUUUUAUCGCCGUUUCUCGCGUUCGGUUUCCUGUUUCUCCGACUGUGCAGCCUCGACCGCUCCUUGAACUAAGCAACAAUGUAGCGAACUCGAUCGCUCGUGCAUUUAUCGUCCGCCGAGCCCGAUCGCGCAGACCGCCUCGCGCCUUUAAAGUUGGACGGUAUCGCGUGUCUAUUCAAACUUUACGAUGGCCGAGCUGCAGCGGCCGACGCUGUGCUGUUGUCGGAAAGUGCUGACGGUGCCCGGCAAGUCGUGCGAGAGCGGCCGCGGUCUGGCGCACUGUCGCCCGGUGGACGUCGCGUCGGCGUCCAACUUCCACAGCUUUAAACUCCGACAUUUCCACCUGGACCUCCACCUAAACUUCGCCGUCAAACGGAUAACGGGAUGGCAGGUUCUGGAGCUCACGCCCGUCCAGCCCGGCGUUCAGUCUCUCAUUCUGGACACGCAUCCUUCGUUGUUAAUUCAUUCCGUGGACUGUAAGGUGCCCGGCGCGUCCGGUACUCCUGACGUGUUUAUCUCGCUCACGCACCGAGUGGAACCGUUUACAGAUUACGGAUCCUCCCUGAACAUCAGCCUCCCGGCCGCCGUGAUCCGGCCCCACCGGGCUUUCCGUGUCACCAUCCGCUUCACUACAACAGACGGCCCUGCGAUCUGGUGGUUGGAUGCAGAGCUGACGUGCGGACAGACUCGUCCGUUGGUCUUCACGCAGGGUCAUUCUGUUUGCAAUCGGUCUUUUUUCCCUUGUUUUGACACGCCGGCUGUCAAAAGCACCUACUCUGCCACUGUCAGGGUACCAGAAGGUGUCACCGUGUUGAUGAGUGCCUCCAGAAGUGCGUACUCCAAACAGGACAGGGUUUUCCAGUUCUCCAUGGAAUAUCCUGUCCCGGCAUACUUAGUUGCCCUGGUGGCAGGAGACCUACAGCAUGCAGACAUCGGGCCCAGGAGUCGUGUGUGGGCAGAACCCUGCAUCUUGACGUGUGCGGUCAGUAAAUUGGGUGGCAGUGUGGAACGCUGGCUUAAUGUGGCCGAGGGGCUCUUCGGGCCUUAUGUAUGGGGAAGGUAUGACAUAGUGUUCCUUCCUCCUUCCUUCCCCAUCGUUGCCAUGGAAAACCCCUGUCUCACCUUCAUCAUUUCCUCCAUACUGGAAAGUCAGGAGUUUUUGCUCAUUGAUGUCAUUCAUGAGAUCGCUCACGGCUGGUUUGGCAAUUCCGUCACCAAUGCCACAUGGGAAGAGAUGUGGCUCAGUGAGGGACUGGCAACUUACGCUCAGAGACGCAUUACAACAGAAGCUUAUGGAGAAGCUUUCACGUGUCUUGAGACAGUGUUCCGUCUAGAUGCUCUUCACAGACAGAUGCGUCUUCUGGGAGAUAACAAUCCUGUCAGUAAACUGCAGGCCAAGUUUGAGCCAGGUGUAAACCCCAGCAGUCUAAUGAAUCUGUUCACCUAUGAGAAAGGCUUCUGCUUUGUUUCGUAUCUUUCACAGCUCUGCGGUGACAUCAAGAGAUUUGACACUUUCCUUAAGGCCUACGUAGAGAAGUUCAGGUUCAGCAGUGUUGUUGCUCAGGAUCUGCUGGAUUUCUUUCUUGGCUUCUUUCCGGAGAUGAAGGAGAGCUGUGUCGCCCAGCGAGAAGGACUAGAAUUCGAGCGAUGGCUGAACGGCUGUGGUCCUCCAUUAUGUGAACCAGAUCUCUCGGCUGGUCGAGCUCUGACAGGCCCGGUCCAGCACCUGUGUGACCUCUGGGGCUCAGACCCCCCUGACCCCCAGAAGAUUGCAACGUAUGACAUUUCCUCGUGGAGCACAUUUCAGAUCGUUCUCUUCCUGGAUCGACUCUUAGACCGGUCACCUCUGCCUCAAGAGGGGAUGAGUCUUUUGUCAAGCUGCUACUCUGCGUUGUUGGACGGCAUGAACGCUGAAGUCCAGAUUCGAUGGCUGCAGAUUGUAGUGCGUAACAGCUUUUAUCCGGAACUGCCACGGGUUCGCAGCUUCUUGCAUAAACACACCUCGCGAAUGUACACGGUGCCCCUCUAUGAGGAUUUGUGUUGCGGAGUAAUGAAGUGUUUUGCUGUGGAGGUGUUUUAUCAAACUCAGGGCCGUCUGCACCCUAAUCUACGCAGGACUCUUCAGCAGAUGAUGUUCCAAAGCAGUGCGCUCAACACCAGCACAGCCCAAUCCCUCUUCUCAUCUCCACCCUCUGUCCCAUCAUCACCCACAGACCCUCCCGCCAACGGGACCAUCGCCCUGCGAGACGUCAAUGUGUCGGCUUGAGUUCAAAAUGUGAGCAGGAACUGCACAGGACUUGGCUGAGACUGGACCAUAGCAGUGCAUCACAGGUGUCCGGCACUCGCCCAUGAUCUCCAACACUGGGAUGUCUAUUUAAAACACAGAUUUUCAUAAGCUCAACAAUAAGAUGCUCAGGUGUGUGUAACAAAGCGGAGGACAGAUGUCACAUAUCUCGUCUGUGAGGGUUAUUACACCGUUACCCAAGUGUUUGUGUGUGUGCACAUAUGGAUAGAGGUAUGUCAGUAUCAAGGAAUACUGGCUGCCAUCUGUUUGCCAUCAUCUUUGUGCGCGUGUGUGUGUGUGUGUGUGUGUGUGUGUGCGUGUGUGUGCGUGUGUGUGUGCGUGUGUGUGUGUGUGUGUGUGUUUAUUUGUUUGAGUGUUUUGCAUAUGUUCCUCUGGAUUAUGCACAUAAUAUGUUGAGUUUGCAUCCAUUGCAUUUGCUCAAGUUCCAUUGAGGAGUCAUGUAGAGGACCUAACAACAUUACAGACUUUUAUUUUGCUAGCUGUGUGUUCAAUAAAGCAGACGUGUUCUUUGGAGGACCAAUACAUUGUGAAUCCUCCUUGACAGUGUUUGAGAACUAAAUCUUCUGAAUUGAUUGCACAUAAAGCGUGCAAAUUGCCUGAUUCCACACACCUUUUUUUAAAUGGCUGUUUUCCAUUAUUGUUUGAUUCCUGGUAACUGGAGUCAGGUCUUGCUCAAGUCUCUCUUUCCUGGUGCUAACCCCUCAGCAUUGAGUCUCAGGUAUAUCAAGACAGAAGAGGUGGAGCCGUGUUAGUGCCUUUCAAAGCUUUCGACACUGUGCGUGUUUUCAACACAGCCUGUUUAUGUUAUAUGAGCCAUAUGGGUGACAUUUGUGAUCAUAGCCCUGGGAAAUGUCCUGCUAUUUUCAGGAAUAGAGAGACUGUGGAUGAAAAGAAAAUGCGUUUCUGUUACUCCUUUUUAUUUUUGUUAAUAGUUCGAGUUCACUUCAAUUAGCAAUGGUUGAGGAAACAAGGAGUGAAGUCUGGAAAUGAAGCUGAAGGGGAUGGAUGUUCUGGGUGUCCAUGACUGUCAUUAGUGGCCUUAAUUAUACACAGUGGUCAAAUUUGACUGGUAAUAAAUGACAUCAGGUGUGCAGUUUGUGUGUUUCUGAGGUUCUUAUGUCUAAUUUCACGUUUUAACAUUAGACCAUUCACCUUAAUUCCUUCAAAGAAAUCACGUGACUGACACUCAUCACCAAGUGAAAUAGUUUUGUUAACCUAUGGAGUUUGAGGGAUAAAUGUCUACGUGCAAUUUCACCAAUAAUAAACAAAGUUUUGUUUUCACCCUGA